ACUCUGGACUCUGCCCACACUCUGCCCACCGUGCCAGCUGGAGGGGGCAGCGCCUGCAGGCACCCUCCGUCCCCCCCCAGGCUGAAGCGCUCGGGGCUGAAGGUGAGGUUCUGCACCAACGAGUCGCAGAAGUCCCGCGGGCGCCUGGUGGGCGAGCUGCGCCGCCUGGGCUUCGACGUCUCCGAGGCCGAGGUGACCUCCCCGCCCCCCGCCGCCUGCCGCAUCCUCCAGGAGCGAGGCCUCCGGCCACACCUGCUGGUCCACGACGAAGUCCGCUCGGAAUUCGAUCAGAUCGACACGUCCAACCCAAACUGUGUGGUCAUUGCGGACGCGGGAGAACACUUUUCCUACCGGAACAUGAACAGGGCCUUCCAGGUGCUCAUGGGGCUGGCGGACCCCGUGCUCAUCUCCCUGGGGAAGGGGCGCUACUACAAGGAGACCUCGGGCCUGAUGCUGGACGUCGGCAGCUACAUGAAGGCGCUCGAGUACGCCUGCGGGGUCGAGGCCGAGGUGGUGGGCAAGCCCUCCCCGGAGUUCUUCAGGUCGGCCCUGCGGGAGCUGGGCGUGGAGGCCCACCAGACACAACUGGACGAUGCUCUGAAACACCCAACAGUGGCCCCGAGACACAGAAGGACGCUCAGCCUCAGGACCAAAGUGAGGCCCCCUCGCACCUCUCACCCGGCCGCGCGAAUUCAAACAAGAAGCGAGGGCUCCCCCUGUAGGAAGCCAGUGGGAAUGUGAGACGGGGCAGCCCUCUGGGGACAGCUCCUCGGAUUGAAAACAUGUUCCCACGAAA